AUGCCGCACGUGUACAAAUCCAUCUCGAGCCAUCAGCUCCAACUGCUCGACCGUUCUCCAGUCCAAACACCUGUUCACACAAGCGCCAACACACCCAACGCAACACCCUCACCAUCGCCCUCCCUCCUCGCCAAAGCAUGUAAAUCCCUCCCGGACCUGACCGACGCACCACACCAUGCAUCCACAGCUUUCCUGCUCCCCCACCCCCACGAGAACGCCCCGGCUCCUUACUCCCGCGGCUCUCCAUCCCGCUACGACGUGACGCUCGCGACACAAGCAAUGCCCUUCCCUAUGGCCGUCAGCAAAGCGCCAGAUUUCAAAGGCCACGCCGCGGAUAAAGUGAGCUUUCUUGAUCGUAGCCCUGUUCAGACUGCUUUCCAUACACGCACGCACAGCCCCAGCGGCCAGGGUGAGAAACGCGCUCAUCCCCCGCUACGCGCGCAUAGUCAUGAGGAGGCCGCGGAGACGGUGAAGAAAUUGCGCGAGAGCUUUAAGGGACGCAAACUUGAGAGAUUUGAUGAGGAUGAGGGCUCUGAGGGCGCUGAGGGUACUGAGGGCGCUGAUCCCGAAGCGAAAGCUGAGGCGGAUGCGAAAAAGCACAUACAAUGA